AUGGAAAAACUCGAGGUCCAGUUCCCUGCCGGUGGCGAUGUCAAGGAGGAUACCCUGUCCGGGACAUUUUACCUGCCUCCCAAGAAGGACCAGAAAUUCGCCGCUGCCUUGGUGAUUCACGGCUCGGGUCCCAUUGAUCGUGAUGGCAAUGCAGAAAUGAUGGGUGGUUGGAUGAACAUGAAUAUGAACACACACUGUCGAUUGGCCGAAGAAUUGGUGGGACGCCCCGAGCAGCCAAUGGCGGUAUUGUGUUACGACAAGCGUGGCAUUGGAAAAUCCAUUAGUAGUACCAAACCGAAUUGGUACUACGAAGCUGGCAUGCUGGAUCUGGUACAAGAUGCCGUGCAGGGAUACCGCUAUCUGGUGCAACAACAAGAAGCAAAUGUUGACAAGACGCAAAUCUUUUUAAUGGGACAUUCGGAAGGUGCCAUUUUGCUGCCGCUGAUUGCCGAAACGAUUGCCAAAGACGAGACAUUGCCAACACCCAAAGGACUGGUCUUUUUGGCUGGUUUUGGAGAAGCCUUGGACGAAGCAGCCGGCAAUCAACGCGAACGAGCUCUAACUGAAGUGGCCGUCGAAACAGGAUUGCAAGGAUGGGUUUUGCGAAAAGUAAUCACCCGGGAAAAAGUCGACAAACAAUACAAGGAUUUUAUGGAACAGGUACAAAACAAGGAUCAAUCCUUUUAUUCGCAAUACUUCGGUCUGGCCAAGGUCCCCACCAAAUGGUAUCGAGAACACAUGGAAUGGGAUGCUCAUGCAUCGCUGCAAAACUGUCCCUUGCCCUGUUUAGCCAUUACCGGUGCCAAGGACGUGCAAGUGCGACCGGAAUUCUGCGACCCCGAGGCGGCCAAGACAUUGGCCCCCAGCGCAGCCUCGUUGGAAACCCACGUUGUUGCCAAUAUGACGCAUAUUCUCCGAUCCAUUGAAGAGCCGCCUUCCAUGCUCAAUAUGCAAAAGGUGUAUGCCAAACUGGGCAAGCAACCAUUGGAUCCUGAACUUUUACAGAUUCUGCAUGCGUGGCUCACCAAACAGCAACAGCAAGCAUAA